CUGGGUGAGGGGUGCACAGGGCGUUGGCACCAGGGUGCGCGCUUGCGUUGCUGACUUGGAUGCAACGGAAACGUUUGUGUCAUUCAACAGCUCGCCUCACUGGCCACAGUCUCAUCGAGCAGCGGGGAGCAUUGCCGGUGCAACUGCGGUGACCGGAAAGGGGCGGCGGCAAACCUGCUACCCCAGUGGCAACCUGAGCGGAGACGCAGUGGCUUCUGAGGCUCCCGUAGUGCUCUCUUGCCAAGAUGCCAUGACAGCAGUCCACCAUGAAGAGUUGACAUGAAUUGUGACUUCUCCAGUCUUUCCUCCCUUGACCACAUUUUUGCCAUAAGAGUUGAAAUCAAGAGAGUAUAUGGAAAAUCUUUGAAACAUCUAAAACGCAUUAAACAAAUAUAAGGGUUUCCUGAGGAUACGAUGACAGUCACAGUGGUAUAUGAUAACUCUGAGGCAAGAGAGCUCUGUGCAGCUCAGCACCUCUACCUCAAGCCCAUAGCAAAACUGAUGAUCAAUGUGCUGCUCCCAGAGAGUACUGAACCUAUGAGGCCUUUCUCGAACUGGGAAGUUCUUGACCAGCUGAAGAACCUGAUUUGCCCUGAUCAGUUCACCACAGUUCGGCUCUCCAAGAGUACAAAGAACUUUAUCCGAUUUGAGGGGGAAGCUGAAACCCAAAGUUUGGUUCAGAUCCUGAAGGCAAAAUUACAUGGGAAGAUCAUCAAGCUAAAUGGUUUGAAAACAGACUUAAAAGUAGUGGCAACAGAUGCCCAGGGAGAGUGGGAGCACUUACCCCAGAAACAGGAGGCCUUAUCAAGUGAUGGGGCCAAUGAGCUAGACUGCAAUAAGAGCCCACAUUCCAUACAUUUCCAAGGCUUGCCCUGCAAGUGGUUUGCACCUAAAGGUUCCAGUGGGGAGAAGCCAUGUGAAGAGAUUCUUCGGGUGGUCUUUGAAUGUUUUGGGAAGAUCAAGAAUGUGGAUAUCCCUAUGCUUGACCCCUACAGAGAGGUGAUGAGUGGUGGAAGCUUUGGGGGUUUUAGCUUCGGCUUGCAGACAUUUGAGGCCUUUAUACAGUACCAGGAGUCAACAGACUUUAUAAAAGCCAUGGAGUCCCUUCAAGGGAUGAAGCUUAUGCUUAAAGGGGAUGAUGGAAAAGCUCUGGCAUGCAACAUUAAGGUUACGUUUGAUACAACCAAACACUUCAGUGAAGGAGCUAUAAGGAGGAGAAAUCAAGAAAGGCUAAAAUUACAAGAACUGGAGGAAGAAAGGAGAAAAGAAAAGAAGAGAGAAGAAGAAGAAGCUGAAAGAAAAAGAAAGGAGGAGGAGAGGAAAGCCCAGGAAAAGUGGAAGAAGGCCAGGGUCAGGAGGCGAGCCCUGAAGGAAAGGGACAGACAUCGGCAAAGGAAGCGGGACAGAGCCAAAGCUGAGGCGACUCGGGAGCCCAACUCUUCAAAGGAGUGUGAGGAGAGGAAGUCCCUUCUGGCUCAGAGGCGGGUGGAGGCCUUUUGGUUGCUACUGGUGCUCCUGAGAAAAAUUGCAGAAUCCACACAGUUUAACCCACAGGAAGUAGAACUUGCAGGCUGUAAAGCUAAGUAUGGUCUGGGGAACACAUUGGAAACUCUGAAGAAAGAAGAGUUAAAUAUUCAGUAUCUUCAAAAUCAGGAGGAAAUGCCCAGAUAUCAAGUUACAAAUGAACGAAAACCAGAAAAAAAGAAAAGACCUCAGUUACAUAAAUCUUCCCACUACCACUGGAGGAAAAAAAGAGAAUAUUCUGUUAGAAAAGAGAAAACGGGAAAAUCAUUAACCAAUGAAUACAAUCACAGUGUCUCUGACCAGAAAACCUCGCAAAUUUUGUUAAUUAAAGAUCAACCUCUUGAGAAAGAAGACCACCUCAAUUCUAAUGAAUACUAUCAUUCCAAAUUUUCUGAGAGAGACCAUGACAGAAAAGAUAAAAUCUAUGAAACAUAUGACUUUAUUGACUUUUCAUUAAACCAUUAUUAUCAGACUCCAGAAUAUCCCUCUAUCUGCCUAGAACCAAGUCACCCAACAAGCACAUGUCAGUGGCAGAGGUCUGUUUAUGCUAAGGGAAAUGGAUUUCAAGUCAAUUUGAGAAAGUGUAAUUGUCACUCAACCAUGUUGAGCCAAACACAAAAGCUGCAAAGGAGAGAACAGGUUCAAGAAGAUGAUUACUGGGCAAAUAGUCAUACUCGGGAUCUUGCGCAUAAACCACAAAAAAGAGCAAAAGUCGAUUAUGCCAAAGAAUGUUCUAAAGAGUUUAAAAAUCAUUACAAGGAUACAGUCAGUGAAGCUCAUGAUCAGCUGACCCCAACUGAUGGAAAAGGCUACCUGUUGGAAAAGACCUAUGCUUACCAGGUCAGAGAUUCCAAAUCCGGAAGUCAAAGUCAAGUUUCAUCAUUCAAAAGGUCAGAAAACUUGAAGCUGGAGUUCACAGAUUUCUUAGAGGAAAUUAGUAGUGAUUCUGAAUGGUUCAGUGAAACCCUUUCCAUAAACAAAGAAGAGAAAGAGAAAUCUGUGGCCACAUAUGAAAGUACCCUAGAAGGAGGAUCUCUUGAUACUGAUGAAGUCAUCACUUACAAUCAACAAAUUAGAUCAAGUCAGCCUACCUUGUAUUCAAAGUGGAAACAUUCUGGGGAGGAAAAAUUCUCUGAGUACCAACUUGGGAAACCCAGUAAGAGGUCCAAAUAUGAACAGAGAUGUUUGUGGCUUGAGGAUGAAAACAAUUCCAUGCGAGCCAAGAACAGUAACAGCAAAAAGGAGGAAAAGCCAGCUCCCAAAUACUUGUUUUAUCAGGGCAACUUCCACAAAUCCAGUUCCAGUGACGUGUUAGAUGACAGCACAAGAAAGAAGAGUAAGUUUAGUGAUAAUACAUUUGGCCAGAAAAUUAACUACAGGCCCUUUUAUGUGCCAACAACAUCAUCACAAUGUGCUAAUGCUUUCUGUUCAAGGUGUUUUCCUCAAAGAGAGUUUCUGCAGAAGUCAGAAUAUAACCAGGGUGUAAGAAUGUUUAAAAGACAUGCGAAUUCCACAGAGUUCAUGCCGACUUUGGAUAACUAUCCUAAUAGACGUAACAGUCAGGAGCACAUUGACUGUGGAAGCUAUACUUUAGGAAAAAACUACACUAGCUCUAUAUAUUUUCAAAUGUUUUGAAGGUCUCUUAGAUCAGGAACACCCUUAUUCACAAUAAACGAUUUGCAAGAAGAGCAUUUAAAAUUAAAUAUAGCUAUGUAGUUAGCAACAAGAUCUAGAGAGCAACAUUUAAAAGCUUGAGCAAGGUCAAAUGAAAAACCUUAUUUCUCUUGUCAAACUAUAAAAUAUAGGUCAAAAUCACUACAGUUGUAUUGGCAAGCUUUAGGAAUACAAAACAUCCAGUUUCUGAAGCUCAGUAAAGCAAAGUACUUCCAAAAGUUCUUCAUCCCCAAACCAACAUUUCUACAGUUCAACUGCAAAUAUAAUUUGGUGCCAGUGAAGGAGCAAAUUAACAUUGAGAAGUAUUGAGAUAAAGCCUCUUUUGCCCUUUAGCUGUCCAUAAGGUCAUCAUUUAGCACCAUUUAUUUUCAAAAAGGGCAACAUUGGAUAAGGAUCUUUUUACAUGUUCUUUGAUUUGGUCAGAACACCAUGUACAAUAAAAUUUCCUCAUUUUCAUCUAUCUAGAAACAACUCUAGAUAAAAGA